GUCUCGCUGGAUGACGUAUUUACGGCUGACUGGGUCAUUCAGUGCUGCUCACAUUAACGAGCUUUGUUUGGAAGGACUUACUAUGUAUCACAGUAGCAGAUAGCUGUUUGUUGGUUGGUCACACAUUAAAACUACUGUUGUCUUUUUUUUAGAACAGCUGCAAUUUGGACGAAAAUGACCAAUUUGACAGAAUCUCUGCUCAAAGACGGCUGGUACCUCAGCGAUGAAGGCAUAGAAGAACUGAAAGGAUCUGCGGAGAACGUAACACACAGUGACAUUAUUCGCAUUGCGCUUGAUAGCGAUCUUAGGCCUGUUGGGAAAAAGGUUCUUCCAUCUGACAUCAAUAGUGGAAGAACUGAGAAGUUGGAGGGUCCAUGUGUCCUCCAGGUGCAGAAGGUGAGAAACGUCUCCGCUCCCAAAGACCACGAGGAGUCCCAGGGUGCGCCGAGAAUGCUGCGCGUCCAAAUGACAGAUGGGCACACCACCUGUGUUGGACUGGAGUUUAAACAUCUGUCCAAACUCAGUCUGAAUACGCCUCCUGGGACGAAAGUAAAACUUGUUGGUACAAUCCAAGUCAAGAACGGCAUUCUGCUGCUCGACGACUCCAACAUCCACGUCCUUGGGGGAGAAGUGGAUCAUAUGGUGGAGAAGUGGGAGCUCCAAAGGAGUCUGGCCAAACACAGCAGGAGUAACAUUGGAGCAGAAGGUGGACCUCCACCCUUUGUGCCAUUUGGUCAGAAGUGUGGAAGAAAGGAUGAAGUAGACACCAGAGAGCUGGACCAGAGGAAAACCCUGCAGACUCAAAACGUGAUGAAAAGCGCCGACGAGAACGACGAGUUCGAAAAGCAGCGGACGGCAGCCAUAGCUGAAGUCUCGAAGACCAAAGAAGGCCCUCGCACAUUUGGUGGUGGAGGAAACGCAGGCAGUAAUUUAUCCAACGCCGCGUCGUUCUCCCGAAGCAGAGACUCUCACCAGCAGAGGAGGCGAGAAGACCGGGUGGAAAGAACAGAGAGCAGACAAGAUGGGAACUAUAGAGACCUGGUGGACGAGCGUGCUCUGAGAGACAUCAUGGAGAUGGGCUUUAAUAGGGAGGCUGCCCGACAGGCUCUGAUGGAUAACAAUAACAACCUUGAAGUAGCACUAAACAGCCUACUGACCGGCGCUUCCGGCAGCAGACCUGGUCCGGUGGUCCCUGAGCCUUACAAGCCACAACUUAGAGCCAGAGGAAGGGGCAGAGGCAGGUCGAGAAAUGAAGAUGAGGAGGACGGCGCUGGAGGAAGACCGUCUGGACCAAGCACCCUAUUUGAUUUUCUAGAGUCCAAGAUGGGAGCUUUUUCCAUCGAUGAGCCAAAGACUCAGGCGCCACAGAGGCAGUACGAGAACAAACCCCAUUUUUCCAACUCAAACUAUCCCGCCAAAGACCCGCUCCAGACCAAGUUCCCGCACAGUGACCACAGGCAACAGAGGAACGAGAGACCACCUCGCUUUCACAAGGACACAGAUUUCCCCAAACCUGGCCAGGAGCCAGCCGCAAACUCCACGACGCCUCAAACGUCGGCUCCGGCCCCGCAGUGGAGGGGCCAGGAGAAAUGGCCACGGAGCGCAUCGGACCGAGCGCAGAACGACCGGAGAGAAAUCAGGGACGAACAGAGUGUUCCCUCUGCCACUAUGUCCCCUCUGCCACAUUUAAAAGAAUCUCAGCAGCAGACUGAAUUCAGCGGCGCUUACCACCAACGGCCCCGGAGCGAGAACGGCGGCAGUAUGACCGGACCGCCUCACAGGAGAGGCGUCAAAGAAAACCCCCCCACCGCUAAAUCCAGCAACCCCGCAGGAGGGGAAGUAGACGGGAGAGGGAAUUAUAAACGCCCAGAAAGAAACGAAGAAGCCGGCAACAACAGGAGAAAAGGGAGACCCGAGCGGCCAAACUCGGACCUCUUUGACAAACAAAGGGACGGCGGGCCGUUGAACUUUAACCCGAGAGGGGGGAGCUCAGGAACUCCCCAGGAAGUGGGGUUACCACAACUCUCCCGGAAUAUAACGGGGGAUCCAUCACACUUCCAAAAUGGAGACUUUGAACAUAGAAGGACUGGCCCCAUCAAGCCAAUAAACCCACCCUGUCCUCAAAGCAGGGAGCAGCAGCCCAGAAGGAACGCUCAUAACAACCAGGGUUCUAAACGGAGGCCAGGGCCGGGCCGAGGUCAGGGAUGUCGGGGAACAGAGAGAGGUUACGCCACUGAACACGCGUGGAAACCUGGAAACGCCUGCCUGGCUCUGUACUGGGAAGACAACAAGUAUUACCACGCCAGGAUAGACGCCGUGCAUCCCUCUGGCUCCACGGCGGUCGUCGUGUUCAGCGACUACGGAAACUGUGAAGAGGUCCUCCUGCAUAACAUCAGACCCGUUCCCGACGACAUGAUGGAGGAAGAUGACGGCUACUACGACAGUUCGCUGGAGUUUCGCCGCGGGGGUGAUGGACAGCCGAGGCGCUCCAGACCCACGCAGGCGUACUACCAGCCGCCCAGGGCGCGAGAUUGAUGUUUCUUUGUUUACACCGGCAGCGUGCUCGUCCCUCACGCCUCAACUUUUCUGCAAGAAUCCAGAGUGCUUCCUGAACUUUUAAGCAUCCACAUCCUAAGGACUAACAGAACUCUUCAAGGGCUUGCACAUGAUGCAAAAAUAAUAGAGAAAAAAAUGACAUAAGCUCCCGUUUCUUUUGUCAAGGACAUAUCUACUGUACAUGUUUGAAAGAUUUGUUUAAUGGAUGGAUCAAAAUAAACUAAUUAAUAGUAACAGCAGG